AGAAAAGGUAGCAAGUUGUCUGAGCAGAGAGAAGCAUCAUCGUGAGUGGAGGUGACCAUGUCUGGCUUGAUCAGAGUGACCACACUGGUGGCAGUAUUGCUGCUUAUGCAGCUGGGUGGUUUGAAUGGAGAUAAAGAGGCCCCCGAGUGUGACUGCUGGUCAUGGCCCGGUCCCCCCGGCCCGCCUGGUCCUCCGGGCUUCCCUGGUUCCCCGGGUCACCUGGGACCCAUCGGCCCGGCCGGCACACCUGGCCGUAAUGGAGGGCCCGGUCCACAGGGGCCCAGGGGGGGUACUGGUCCCCUUGGACCCCCAGGCGAUCGGGGCUUCAACGGGAUACCAGGAAAACCUGGCCCUCGUGGACCUCCGGGACCUCCAGGAAAGUCGGGCUUCCUAUAACUGUUCUAGAUCUGCCUCCCACACCCAUGCAAAUGUCAUGAUGCACCAAGUUAUCAGUGACAAACCAAUGGUGGAACCAACCUUCUCCUUGAAGAAAAUGAAUGAAUUUUUUGCUUACACACUUCUAUUAUACACCUGUACCAUAUCAAUGAAGUUCUGGCGAUGUUUCAUACACUGUUAUGCCCCUCUGCUUCACCUUUAGGCUGCUUGGGCCCAGCACAUAUCCACACACUUUUAUCCCUAUGCAUCUUUCUUUUUGACCUUUUUCACAAUUCACUUUAAUUUUCGCAAAUAAAUAUCAAAAAACGUUAAA